AUGCGGAUGUUGCACACCGUCCACCUGCAGCGCUUCCACGGCGACGGGGGCGGCGACGAGGGCGAGGAGGAGGUGGCGGCGGCGGCGGCCGGGUGGACGGUCGCGCCCACCGUGGCCGGGAUGGCGGAGGCCAGCGGCGACGGGAGCGGAGGCGGGCUGUCGCUGGAGGACGCGGCCAACGCCAGUUACGGCGGCAACUGGACCGGCGGCGCCGGCCCCGGCGGGCGCGCGCCGGCCGCCAGCGUCUUCGAGAGCAACCUCAUCAUCCCGCUGUACGUCAUCAUCUUCGUGCUGGCCAUCGUCGGCAACUCGCUGGUGCUGGCGACGCUCGCGCAGAACAAGCGGAUGCGCACCGUCACCAACGUCUACUUGCUCAACUUGAUUCCCCUAUAG